GCAUAUGACCUUACUUUCCUGUCAAUGUGCCUACUUCCUUUGUGGUAUUUCCUCUUUUGUAAACAUGGCAGAAUCAGCAUCAGGUUGGAGAGGGCUACUCAUUGCAGCUGUCUUAUGUUCUGCUGCACCGGGGUCUGCUUUUGUACAAGAUUUGGAUGACUCGUUUAAAGAAAAUAGAAAAGAUGAUGUGUGGUUAGUAGAUUUUUAUGCACCUUGGUGUGGGCACUGCAAGAAGUUAGAGCCUGUAUGGAAUGAAGUUGGUGCAGAGAUGCGCAGUUCUGGAUCUCCAGUGAGAGUGGGCAAGAUGGAUGCUACAUCAUAUUCCAGUAUUGCAUCUGAAUUUGGAGUUCGAGGUUAUCCAACAAUAAAGCUAUUAAAAGGAGAUAUGGCAUAUAAUUAUAGAGGACCUAGAACAAAGGAAGACAUUAUUGAGUUUGCCAACAGAGUGGCUGGCCCUGUUGUCCGACCUCUUCCCAGUCCACAAAUGUUUGAACAUAUUCAGAAAAGGCAUCCAGUGUUGUUUGUUUAUAUUGGAGGAGAAUCUCCCUUAAAGGAAAAGUAUAUUGAAGUUGCAUCAGAACUGAUAGUGUAUACGUACUUCUAUUCUGCUUCAGAAGAUGUCUUGCCUGAGUAUGUGAAAUUACAGGAAUUACCUGCAGUGCUUGUUUUCAAGGAUGGGACGUACUUUCCUUAUGAUGAAUAUGAAGAUGGUGACAUGUCUUCUUGGGUGAACAGAGAGAGAUUUAUGAGCUAUAUGCCAAUAGAUGGUUUUACGUUGUAUGAACUUGGAGAUACAGGUAAACUUGUGGCUGUUGCAGUAAUUGAUGAAAAGAGCACAUCAGAAGAGCAUACCCGGUUGAAGACAGUCAUGCAGGAUGUGGCUAAAGAACACCGUGAUCAAUUUCACAGAGAACUCCAGUUUGGCCAUAUGGAUGGCAGUGAUUACAUAAAUAGUUUAAUAAUGGGUGAAGUGGAUGUUCCCAGUGUCAUUGUGUUGAACACUUCAAACCAGCAGUACUUCAUACCAAAAGAGGACAUUGUGAGUGUUGAGGAUAUGGUCCGCUUCAUUAAUGAGGUCUUGGAAGGUUCAGCUGAAGCACGAGGUGGAGAUGGAAUUUUUCAAAGAAUAAGGAGAAUUGUGUAUGAUGCCACAUCCACAGUAGUUUCUGUUUUCAAGACCUCUCCACUUCUGGGAUGUUUUCUGUUCGGCUUGCCUCUAGGUGUCAUUAGUAUCAUGUGCUAUGGAAUCUGUACAGCAGACUCUGGAGAUGUUUCUGAGGAGACAGAUUCUGUCAGGAGGGAAACACAGGAUGGAGAGCUGUCAGAUGAAGGGAGUGAUGAGGACCAGGACAGCCCAGAAAAUAUGGAAAUCCUGGAAGGUUCACCAGAGCACAGAACAGAAGUGAAGGAUGAAAAGAGUCCAUUGGAGAAGAAGGAAGAUUGAGCACUGCUGGCUUUUAUUUCUUUAGGUUUUUCAAAGUAAAAAUGUGUAUUUAUUGAAUCCCUGAUAACCACGGCCUUUUCAGAAAAAAAAACCACUGAAGUGUAUUGGGUUCUUCUCAGAUUCUUUAGGGAUUCUGACAAUAAAAUGAAACUGAGAAGAAAAUAUUUUGUCAGAAAAUUAACAUACAUUUCUAGAACUGUUUCUUAUUGUGUUUUGAACAAGUUGUCACCUUUUCCAUUUUUCAGGAGAAUAUCCUUAAAGGUAUAAUGCAGAAAAUACAAUUGUAGUAAAUCCACAUGAUGUUGACGUUAAAUCAGAAUAUUAAGUUCUGUUAAGUUCUGUUUAGGGGGAAAGUAGAAAGUUUCAUUUUCAUUUUGUGUCUAUUUAAGUGUUUUUGUUUGCUAAAUGCUUCAUGUCUUGUUUUGCUCUUUUUGAGACUGUGAACACUUACAUAAUGAUCGUCAGGGAACACUGACUUUUCUGUUCUUUUUGCAUGGAGUCCCAGAACUCACCAGUAAAUAAGUGCGGCUUGUGGUGGUUGUUUAGUAAAUGACUGAGCACAGUACAGCAUAAUGCCCUUUUUGUUGUUAGAACAGCAGCGAAAACUUACUUGGUCCUAUAAUCUAGGGUCAUAUACAGCAUUGCUAACAAAGUGACCCAUUGCAUCUAGAUGACAAACCAUGUGUAGGGUUAUGUCGUUAAUCAUUAUUUUCUGUAAAAAUCCAGGAUGUUGAAAUGUGCUUAGCAAUUUAAAUUUAGCAAUGUGCAUGGUGCUUAACCCUGAAACCAAUAAUAUAUUAUCAGGUUUGAAAAUACAGUAAACACUGCACAUGCAAAGUCUGUCACGCAUUCUUUAAUAUGUUAUGGUAAAGAGCAAGAAAUAGCACUAGGGGUAGCUGCUGAAAAAUAACCGACAAGCUCAGGGUUGUCCGUUUCAGCUUUUGUGGGGUGAGAUAUAUAUAAAUAUAUUUAGAAGAACCACAAUAACCAGCUGACCAUUUCACAAAUGUUUUAUGUAUAAUAUAAAAAUUCAACUAUAAUCCACUUUUCACAUGUCUUUUGUGGCUUAUAAGAACCAGAGCAGUAGUGAACUAUUUAAAUAUUUUGUGAAACUUUUACCAUUGUUUUCUGUGUGUGGGCUUUACUCAGUUCAGGUAACAGGCAGUUGUAUACUAAUGAAACCAGCGCAUGAACCUUCAUUUAAAGAGAGCUGCAUUUUUCUUUCCUAUUAAAAUAAGAAUUGGUCCAAAUGUUGUGCACAGUUGUUUAAGAAAUCAUUAGAUGGAAGAGGAAAAAAGAAAUAAAACUAUUGCUGUUGCUGUUAAUCCAGCAUAUAUACACAGAAAGAGUCGGUGCUGAAUCUUAAGGUUAAAAAGCACUGUUUAUGGUCAGAGUGCAGUAAGUUAACUCUGAAAAGAUGUAGGUAGACAACGGCAAAAACUUUAGAAAAGCUGUGGGAAACAACUAUUACCUUCCUUUUCCUGUAGUAGCAUGUACAGUGCUGGUCUUAAAACUAGUUACUGAGAGGCACACCUUGCAAGUGUAGGACAUUGGUAUACCUAAUACCACGUUUUCUGAGCCACUCUGUAAGUGCCACUUUACUACAUUCCAUAAUAAUGUGUUAGCACUCUUGACUGUCCCUAUUACCCGCCUUACAGAACGUUGCCUGUGAUGUAGUGCCAAGCUGUCUUGCAUAUUUGUAGUAGUGCCUUACCCUGUUUUUUUUUCCUGAUCACCUGGCAGUAGUGUUGUUAACAGUGUAAUAUCAAACUCGCGUCUUGACAGCCCACCCUCUAACAAUUACCAACUUUAUGUAGUGCAUACUGCCUCAGCUUUUCCGAGUUGCACACUUGGCAGGUAGUUGUUUUUGUAUUAUAUUGUUCAGCCCCUAGCCUCUGGCUCACUUGUAAUGUGUUUUGCAUUUCACAAAGUUUGACUGCAGUUGCUCUGAUUCUUCAUCCAUCCUUCCACAGCCCCUUUUUUCCCAUUUCUGCACGUGGGGUCAGGGUGUCACCUCAGUAGUGACAGUCAUCUAGAGCCAAGGUUUACAUUGUCGGGUGACUUGCCCUGCCAUGGUAGUUUUCCACACCACACAGAUAUGGCCAAUUUAGAGUGUCCAGUCCACCCACUACAUGUCUUUGGAAUGUUGCAGGAAACCAGAGCACCCAGUGGAACCCCACACGAACACAAGGAAGACAUGCAGACUCCACACAGAAGGAACCCCAGCCGAGAAUCGAACUGGUGAACCUCUUGCUGUGAGGCAGCAACACUAUCUGCUGUGCCAGUUGCUUUAAUUCUUAGCUUGUUAUAAAACUCCCCUGGGUCCCAGAGUAGUACUGACCUCCCACGUAGUGGAAUCUUCACACACACUUUUUAUUUCUGUGGUGUCAUAACUUUUUCCUGAGAAAUGUUGCUGCAUAUGCGCAGUCCCUUAACCUGUUGGUCUGAGGUGAUUUUGCAGCAUUUGUCACAAUGUCCAUUGUUAUCAGGUAUGCCAUCAUCAGAUGUCAAACAGCACAGAUAUCCCCCCCUAUGUUUUCUCCAGCUGCAUAAUGGUAUAUUGAGUGCAGCAGUCCAUUUUGACUGGUGUGCCACACUCAGCAAAUUAAUUUGCUACCAAAUACUGUCCUUUAAGCCACCAGUCAGCUACAGUCUGAAAAGCACAUGUCUUGUGUGAUGAAAUUCUUCCUAAUGGCAAGUGGGGUAGUGAUUUGUCUUUGUUGGUGUGGAUCAGUGGAGCUUAUGCUGCUGGUAGGCAUUCAGACAUAAGUAAGAGCUGGGAAAACCAGGGGCUGACUCAAUUAUAAAGUAUUUUAAACAGCGAUUAGUAGCUCAGAGUAAAUGUUUUAAAAAGUAGAUGAGUACAAUUCAACUUGUUUUCCAUGUGUGUGUGUGCGUAUACAUGCAGAGACAUAAAUGUAUAUGUGUGUAUUUCUAAUGAAUGUAUACAUGCUCGUAUUUUAAUGCACGUGUGCAUGCUCACUUGUGUAUAUGUGUGUGGAAAAUAGGUGCUUGAAUUUGUAAGGAAGAAAUAUUUUAUAUUAGUACUAAUGACCUCAGGAACAGGACUGAGAAGGGAAUGAAUGUAUGACUAAAUGUAAAUUGGUGUGUCUUAUUUAUUUUUAAGUGAGGCUGUCCAGAAGACAUUUCCUCCAUCCAGUAGUAUUGAGCUGCAUCUGACUCCUAGAGUGACCCCCAUAAGCACCAUAGAACAGAAGUUGAUUGCCAUUGGUUUCUUCUGUGUUAUACACACACAAAAUUGAGUAAUCAUUCCACCCACCCUGCAUAUGUUUGGGAUAUGGAAGAAAACCAAAAUACUUGGAGAAAACUGACAUUAACAUUGGAAGGACAUGCACAUACCCAACAGAAGACACCCCAGCCAAGAAUUAAACCAGAGACCCCCUUGCUAGAAGGUGACAAUGCUACUUCCUGCAUCCCUGUGAUGCCCCAGGAAACAUUACUUCAGCUGAUGUUAAACAUUGGAGGCUUGAUGCAAGACCAGCACUAGUUGGUAAGGUGGAUGAAGAGAGAUGGCUCCCCCACCAACCACUACAAUUGUGUGAAUUGCCAAUUUUUCUGACCAAAAGUAGUGUAAUUCCCUGCAGAUGCCUUUACAGAAUGCAACAUUAGUGAGUAGGAUUUUUUUGUAAUCACAUGUCUGUGUAUAGCAGCAUGCCCCCCC